AUGAACGCGAACAUGGCAUUCGGUGCCCCGUUCCCAUUUUAUGCGCCGUAUGUUCAGCAGCACCAGCAGCACCAGCAGCAGGACCCGCAUGUCCAACAUAGCACUCCCGGGUACCAGCCGUUGGCACCUAACUCGUCAAGCCACUUAAAUGUCCAUACCCCCAGUCAGGCACCGUAUUCCCAGGGAUAUUAUUCGCAGACCUCGAGCGCAACGGCACCUAAACCUAGUCCCGCGCCGCCAAGUAUGUCGGUUUCCAAUCACCGGCCACUGCGCGGUCAUAUUGUCAAGACGGCCACCGAUUUGGAUAGGGAAAGCAGACACAGCAACACGGACUAUGACGUCUCGAAAACAAUAGUGGACGGUUCCACGCCUAUGCGUUCCCAUCACUCCUCGACCGAUGCAGCCUCGCGUUCGUCCCAGUCGCCCGGGCCAAACACGUUGCGUGGACCUUUAAGGAAGCCCAAGCAGUCGGGUCAUGCUUUGUGGGUUGGCAAUCUGCCUCCCGCAACCAAUAUUAUGGACUUGAAAGAUCACUUCUCGCAGGAGGCUACGGAGGAGCUGGUAAGCGUCUUUCUUAUCUCCAAGAGUAAUUGUGCCUUUAUCAAUUACAAAACCGCCGCUGCGUGCGCUGCUGCUCUGUCAAGAUUCAAUGAUUCUAGGUUCCAUGGCGCACGCCUUGUUUGCCGACUGCGGCACGGAACCAUACUAGCCAGCGCGAGUCACGAAGCCAUAGGGUCUGCUACACCCUCGCCAUCUCAAGACCAGAGCGAUAGCAAGCAAUUAAUGAUUAACGAUGAUACGGAGUCGGUUGCAUACCGGAAAUUCGGAUAUAACACACGCUCAAGUGCCCGGAUGACGAGCAGAUACUUCGUUGUCAAGAGCUUGACCGUGGAGGAUUUGGAACACAGUCGACAAACCAACAUCUGGGCUACACAAACUCACAAUGAGGAUCAAUUGAAUCAAGCCUAUGAGAACGCAGAUGAUGUUUACCUGAUCUUCUCUGCUAAUAAGUCUGGUGAAUACUACGGAUACGCUCGUAUGAUGUCACCAAUACAGGACGAUGAGCGCUUGGCAAUAGAGGUACCACCGCGACCCAAUAACAUGCCGAAUCUAGAAGAACCAGACAUUACUCCUACACCAGCAACGUCGACUGCCGCCAAGGGACGAGUCAUCAAUGACUCUAUACGAGGGACUAUAUUCUGGGAGGCGGAGUCAUCCUCGGAUGAGGGCGACAUGAAAGCCGACAGAGCAGGUACACAGACGGAGGAUGCCAGUGGGCCGAGCCCACAGUUGAUCGGAAAACCAUUCAGGAUACGAUGGCUAUCGGGCACCCGGGUUCCAUUUCACCGUACCAGGGGAUUGCGGAAUCCGUGGAAUGCGAAUCGAGAAGUCAAGAUAGCCCGUGAUGGAACCGAGAUCGAACCGGGGGUGGGAUGGAAACUCGUACAGUUAUUUCAUUCUAAUGCCCAAGAGUGA